UGGGUCGAACAGCGUAUCAAGGCUGUCUACACUGCCAAGACUACCGAGGACUUUGACAGCGCCUUCGACGCCUUUGUUGCCAAGGAUGUCACGGUCAAGGUCAAUGGCAAGUCGAUGUCCCGCGACGAGUACAAGAAGAUGGUCCAGGGCGAGAUCACUGGCGAUGCCGGUGCACAGGUGACGUUCAACGGAAUCGUCUCGCCGGUUGUUGAUGCUGAUGUCUGUGCUAUGCUGCAGACCGGUGCUGUCGGUGCCAUGUUCAACGCCGUCGUGUUCGGCAAAGUCAUCAUUUUUGGCGAGGCCGAGUCGAGCACCGUCAACUCGUCCAUGAAUGUCGUG